AACAAAACAAAAAAUACUGUAUUAAAUCCAAAAGUCAAUUGCAAUAGCAGUGAAAAAUGUGCGACAAUUUUAAUGUUUGUAAAUCUAAUGUAAAAAAUCUAAUAAUUAUUUAGUAGUCGUUUGAAUCGUUGAAAUUCAUUCAUUGAUUGUUUCAAAAGUUUUUUCUUUUGUGUUUUUUUUGGUGACAAUUAUUGUCUCUUAAGAUAUAAGUUGAUCUCAUUUUGUCAUUGUUGUUGAUUACCAUACAAUUGUCUUCAGCCGACUAUCAUCUAUGUCUAUGUGAGAGACAGACAGACAGACAGACAGACAAUGUUGUCCACAAUGAGACUGAUGUCGGCGUCGUCUUCUUCUUCGUCGGUUAUCGUCAAAUGUCUGUCAAAACUGGUCGUCGGCCGCAAUGCUGUUGGUGUUGUUGGUCACCAUUUGAGGCCAAAUUAUCGCUUACUGUCGUCCUCUACUAGAUGUCUUCAAUCGUCAACCACUUUACUAUUUAACACAAACCAGACAAAUGACUGGUUGUUUUGUCGUUUAAGACAAUCGGAUCCGUUGCCGAUGAUGACAACAACAACGACUCACAAGAUGAUGUCGAUGUCGACAAUCGCCGGUGAUUUUGGUCAACAACAACAACCAAACAAAGAGACGGAUAACGAAAAGGCCGAAAAAGAGAAACAACGAAUCAAACAACAAAAGUACACAAAGUAUACACUUCUUGUAAUGUUUUGUAUGUUCUGCGGAUCCGGUGUUUACGCACUCAUGGAAUGGGGAAAGCCGUCCAUCGAUGCCGACGGCAAUCCGAUUGACGAUGAGUUUACUGGACUGCCAUUACCUCUACAGUACGCCUAUCGGUCGUGGAAUACGUUCACACAUUACGAACAGGUUCUUCGCGAACCGACCCGUAAUCUACUGUUACCGCCGCCACUGGAAGCUCCCUACUAUCAGCCGCCGUUUACAUUGGUAUUGGAAAUGACCGGUGUCUUAGUUCAUCCGGAAUGGACCUAUCGGACGGGUUGGCGUUUCAAAAAGCGUCCGUACGUCGACUAUUUUCUCCAUCAGUUGGCCACAUCGGGCCAGUUCGAGAUUGUUGUCUAUACUCACGAACAAGGAUUUACUGCCUUUCCUCUGAUUGAUAGUCUUGACCCUAAUGGCUACAUAAUGUACCGAUUGUUUCGCGAUUCGACCCGUUACGAGAACGGUGUCCACUUGAAAGACCUGAAUUGUCUGAACCGGGAUCUAUCGAAAGUCAUUCAUAUCGACUGGAACUCGAAAGCUUGUCAACUGAAUAAACCUAAUUGUCUGACACUAAAGAAAUGGGACGGCAAUAGCGAUGACCGGACACUCUAUGAUUUGUCGCAAUUUUUGCGGGCCAUUGCCAGCGAAGGUGUCGACGAUGUCCGUCAUGUUGUCGAUCAUUAUUCACAGUUUGACGAUCCGGUCGAAGCCUUCAAAGAUAAUCAACGAAAACUGGCCGAACAACAGCAACAGCUGAAUGAAACCAAACAGUCAACGCCAUCGCCGACCCCAUUGCUGGCCAAUCCGUUGCUGAGUUCGUGGCUAAGGAGAUGAAGUGUGGAAGCGGUUGUUGUAGUCGUUGUUGUCAUUCAUAAGCAACUUAUUAUUAUUAUUAGUCAAAUUGAUUGUUUGUUUCUGUCUUUUUUUUAUUAACCAUUAAUUUAGUUUAUUUUAUUAGUCUUCAAAAAAAAAAUAAAUAAAUAAA